AAACACCGGUACAGCUCAAGAUCCUUAGUGGGUUCUUUUUGUGAUUCAUUUUGGGUUUCUAACGAGUAGCAGAGAAUCUACUGCUGACUCUGUUUCUUUUGGUUUUACUAAAUUUGCAAAUUCGGGCUCUCUUUUAGUGCAUUUCAGUGACAAAGCAAAGAUGACGAAGCAGAAUGUGGUCAUUUCCGAUGCAAACUCUGCAAUUAACAUGGCGAUUACGUUGCCUGUGUCCAACUCGUCUCUGUCCCUGUUUUCAUCUGCGGGACAGAAGCCACUCAAUCCAAAGAAGAAAUUUGUUCCAAAACUUGAAAUAGCCACUGGACCCAAAAUCAAUGCUUGGGUUGAUUCAAUGAACGCUUCUUCUCCCACUCAUAUCAAGUCCACUGCUUCUCUUUCUGCUAACGAAGAACAUGGUUCUUGGAUGGUUCAUCAUCCAUCGGCUUUGAAUAUGUUCGAGGAAAUUACUAGUGCUUCAAAGGGGAAGCAAAUCGUGAUGUUUCUUGACUACGAUGGUACCCUUUCACCGAUCGUAGAGGACCCUGAUCGAGCUUUCAUGUCUGAUGCGAUGAGGGCAGCUGUUAGAAACGCCGCUAGAUAUUUUCCCACUGCGAUCGUGAGUGGAAGAUGCAGAGACAAGGUGUAUAACUUUGUAAAAUUAGCAGAGCUGUACUAUGCUGGUAGCCAUGGGAUGGAUAUUAGAGGACCAGCCAAAGGUCGCAAGUACAAGAAAGCUAAACAACCUGUUCUUUUCCAACCUGCAAGUGAAUUUUUACCCAUGAUUGAAGAGGUUAACAAAGUAUUAGUGGAGAAAACAAAAUCGAUACCAGGAGCAAGAGUUGAGAACAACAAGUUCUGUGUAUCAGUCCACUUUCGAUGUGUUGACGAAAAGAACUGGAGUGCAGUUGCAGAAAUAGUUUGGUCAGUGCUCAAAGACUACCCAAAGCUUCGACUGAGUCAAGGAAGGAAGGUGCUAGAGAUCCGUCCUACCAUUAAGUGGGACAAGGGGAAGGCACUUGAAUUUUUAUUAGAGUCACUUGGAUUUGCUAAUUGCAAAGAUGUUUUGCCAGUUUACAUUGGUGAUGAUAAAACAGAUGAAGAUGCAUUCAAGGUAUUGAGAGAUAGAGGACAAGGGUUUGGCAUUCUUGUCUCUAAAAUUCCAAAGGACACAAAUGCCUCUUAUUCUCUUGGAGAGCCCUCUGAGGUUAUGGACUUUUUGCUCCGUUUGGUAGAGUGGAAAAAACACUCAAGAGGGAGAAACUCAAAGGUGUAAAUAAAUACGAGAAGAACAUUUUCCUACCCAAGAGAAAAAUUUCCCCGGGUGGAAUGAAGAGUAGAUGAGGACGAGUAGAUAAUAUGUAAUUUCUUUGUUUAGAGAAAAGAAAAGGGAGAAAAAAAAAAAACAAAAAAAAAAAAAGAAGAAGAAAUAGGAAUUUUUUUUUUUUUUUUUCUUCUUCUAGGCUUGAAGGCAUUGUAAGUCUUGUAAGUACUUCUAUGUACAAGGAAGAUGAAGAUGUAAAUUUUGAAAUCUUUCUCUCUUCUUGUGGAUCCAUUUUUUCUUAAAAUAAAUUAAUGUUGGAAUUCAACUUCUGCAA